AUGGCCUCUGAUGUACCAUCGUUGCCGGGCGGAUUGAGGCUGCCUCAACCAAGAGAAGAUUUUCGCCGUGCCUAUGAAGAGCCGUCAGCGCAGCCUCCCGAGCCUCCCGAAGGCGACAUUCCCGUGCCUUUGAGGCUGUUGCCACGGGCGCGUAGUGUGAAGGAAGCACCGGCGCCUCAGCAACAGCCAGUACCUCUCCAAGGAGUUCAAGAAGCAUGGGGGUUGAACAGGGCUUCUUCGGUCAUGCCUUUUAACCAGCGCGCCCCGCCAGAGAUCUAUGACGGACCUCCAAGAGGGUGGCCAGGCUCUCUUCCCCGACAGCCGGAGAAAGGAGAUUACUCAGAUCCUCCGUCUUUUCCAGGAUUUCAGCAUUACCGCAUUUUCAAGAAGGCUCUGGUGCGAUGGGAUUCAGUAACAGACGUCAAGCCAUGGCGAAGAGCAGAGAAGGUGCUGAGGCUCUUUGACUGGACUCUGAUGUCUCGGUUCGACCAUCUUAGCGAACAAGAGCUUCAGGGGCCUGACUACCUGCAGAAGAUUUUGGAGAUCUUAGAUCUUGAAGCUGGAGUCAUGGCAACCACCGAGAAGCACAGACUUGUCAGGGAGGCGUUGUUCGAGCAUACAAGACAACGUGAUGAAUCUGUAGCUCAAUACGUCCAUAGACGACAUCAACAGUUCAUUCAGGCGGAAAAUGUGGGAGUUGCUAUUCCCUCAGAUGUCCGAGGAGCUUUGUUGGAAGAAGGGGCGGGGCUCAAUGAGCAAGGAGUUCAGAACCUUCGCACUCUCACAGGGGGAAGCCAAGCCUUCGAGGUGGUACGGAGGGCUCUUCUUAUGAUGGAGGCUCCCGCUGCCUCGUCCAAACUUCUCAAGAAAACCUUUCAUGCCGACACUUCGGGCGUCUACCUCGAAGAAGAGGUGGACUCGGACAUUGACUCGGAGGAUGAGGCCAUGAUCCUGUUUGAGCUUGACAAGCUGAAUGUCUCUGAGGAAGAGUGUUCUAAGGUGUGGGCAGUGCUUGAGCAAGGUCGCCGUCGGACGUGGAAAGAAAACAAAGAUCUCCGCCGGUCCAUCCGAAAGGACCGCCAGCGCUUCGACAGGACCGCCGCUUCGACGUCUUCCACGUCCUCUGCUCAUAACCGAAGGCUUCCCAUAGACAAGCUCAAGCUUCAGCAUGAGGCACGAUCAUCUUCCUCGGCGUUCGUCUUCUCGACUUUUGACGCUUCCUCGUCUUCAUUCGUUACGAUUGCGGGCCUGGAGAUUGUUCGUGAGAUUCGCCAAGGGUGUUCGUCCUCGACUACGUCGCCGUGGAACUUUCUAUCCUUGAGUUCCUUGGCCCCAGGCCAAGCCAUCUUGGACAUCGGUGCAGGUGAGGAUCUUAUAGGCGCCUCCGCUUUCGAGCAGUAUCAGACUGCCCUGAGCAACUUGGGUUGGCAAGGGGUGAUUCUUCCAGAAAGUUCCCCCCCAGCAAAGGGGGUAGGUGGAUCGUCGAGAGCCAAGUGCUAUGCAAUCCUGCCAGUUGAACUUGGCGGUCGCCUCGGAUUCGUGAAGACCAAAGUUCUAGAGGAAUCGAUCCCGCACCUCUUGUCCGUCGGACUGUUAGACAGCCUAGGCGCAUGCAUCAAUCUCCCGAACAACACGGUCCAUUUCAAGAAUGCCCCCCAGGAAGCCAAGGUGACCCGAAGCAGAUCGGGACACCGGGUGGUGAACGUCCUGCCCACGCAGAGGUUCGCAGCAGAGCUUGUUCCCGUGGACCUGAUGUGUUCUAGUGCGAAGAUUGAGGCCUGCGACUUUCAGAUUCCAUGCGCGACCGCAGAAGCAUACAAGGGGGUCAGUCUGUUACAAGCAGAGUCGCAUUUGCCGCACGGUGUUCAUGACAAUCGGUUUGAGAAGCCUGUGACGCUUGAUCCCUGCUGUGAGAGUUCAGGGCUUGAGAGCAACGCAAGCGCUAGUUUCCCGAACUCCUCCUUCACUCCUCCUGAGUCCGCGUCCUGUCAUGUUCACUCAUGUGGAGUCUCGGUGGCGCCGACUGGCCAUUACGAUGCUGCAGUUCGCAAUGACGACUGCCGCCCAGAUGGUGAAGCUGUACUUGGAACAGAAGGCCAUGAAACAUCCUUCCAAGUCCAUCGACAAGACGGAGUGGACUCCGGAGCAGCGCGCCUGCUCUCAUCCACAAUCGCAUCAGCGCAGGGGUGGGAACCAGUGGGGAAGAUGGACGCAGAAGCCAUCAAGGAUGCAGCCUCAAGAGCGGCCAGGGAGACAGCUCAGCAAAUCAAGGCCGAGGAGCAUGUGUCCAAGGCGGAGGUGGAGUCCCUGCUGGCCAUGUCAAUCGAGGAGGUAGUGAAGCAACUACGCAAGCUAGACCAGUCAGUAAAUGCUCUCACGCAGGAGAAUGCCGCUCAGUGGCAGGUUCUUCGAUCCAUGACGGCAGUGGCGGGGCAAUCAAUGGACUCCACAGCCACGGAAGUGCAGCAACAUCAGGCUCAGCUGACCGCCAUUGCAGAGCAACAACUUCUGGCAGCCAUGAGCCCGCAAGGUCUGGGCUCUCAAAGCGGCUCCUGGAUGGACCAUGGAGUGAGCGAGGUGAGUGCGGAACGAGGCUUUCUCCUGUUCAGACUUUCUCCAGAGCUGCGCAAGUCUAGAGUGGAGCUUCCCGGGGAGCAAGAUAUCGACAGGCGAGUGUUGCUGCAGAUUCGACCUGAUGGUUCCAAUCAGACUGCGCAAGGCCUUUCAGAUGCCACACAUGUCAGAUGCUGGUGUCCAGGGUUGCAUGCGUUACUGUUGGAUCAAGAUGUGAGCGAUGAUCAUCGUGUCAAGAUUCCAGCUGAUGUUAAGCAAAGGUGUGCUAAGCAAGUGUGCUCUACGACUCCAGCGUGUGAUGCAACUCCAGAGAUGUCAACAGACAGCUUGUGUUUUCCGGCUAUGUCAGACGGUUCUUCAGAUAGUUCUGACUCAGCUUCAUCUUCCGAUACCUCUUCCGAUUCAGAAUCCGAAACGCAAGAAGAACCACAGCAGAUGCCAAAUUCCAGAGAGAUGCCGAAGCCCACGGCCCGGGAGACUCAAAUGAUUGUCAAGUUGCAUGUGAACUUGUCCCAUCCUCCACGGGAUCAGUUCUUGCGUAUCCUCAAGGCGGCGGGCACAAAGGCUCACAUUCUGAAAUGGGUCCGCGAUGACAUGACCUGUGCGCACUGUGAUUUGCAGCGUCGACCUAGGCACAGACGUAAAGCAGCCAUUCCUCCAUCAUAUCGGUUUAACGAAGUUUUGGGGAUGGAUGUGUUUUAUGUGAACUUUAUGCAAAAAUCAGUGCCAUUCCUGAACGUUGUGGACCAUGGAACAGGGUUUCAGAUGACCUGCGUUGUGCGCAACAAGCAUCAUGAAGUAUCUGGUGGUACUCCGUGUUCUGCAGAUGUAUGGCGCACUUUUCAGACCACCUGGUUGAGAUAUUUCUUUGAGCCUGAGAUAAUUAACAGCACGGAGUAUUUCACUGGGUCGCAGCGCGUGAAGCUCCAUGGCAAAACGCGCGAGCUGAACGGCAUGGAGGAGCAGGUGGGUAGGACCUGGUACAGUUGUGCUACAGCAUGGCUCAACAGUGUGGGUGCAGGCUACAUGAUCUGGCUCCAGGUGUGCAAGCGCGAGCGCCAUCAGCUGCCUCUUCAUCAGCCGCCACGCCCUCAUCGCAACACGCAGCCUUUCGACAUGAUGAUCCUCUGGAGCAAAGGAGCUGAGCCAUCCAGCGAAGAUCAAGCUCUCUUCGAUGCCAUGUUCGCUUCCAACUCAGCAGAGAUACCAGUCUUUCGAUUGACUUCGCAGACGUCAAAAAUGCCUUUUGUCAAUCAAAUCCCAUACAGCGCGCAGCGGGACCAGUCUACGCUGAGGGCGGGCGCUGUGACGUCCAUGAUUCUUGUGGAGGUGGAUGACCUAGUAAUCGCCUCAGAUGAGGAGUGCAAGGCCGAAAUCAAAGACAGUCUUAUGAAGAGAUUCCAGUUUGGGCGUUGGGUGAGUAAUGAAGAAGACUACGCAGGACGAAGAGUGCGUGUACGCAGUGAUCGCAUCGAAGUUUUUCAAGACAAAUACAUUCUUGAGAAUCUCUUCCCAAUCAAGCUCCCCAAGGCCAGGCGCGGACAACGAAAGGAGAAGCUGUUGGACGAUGAGUUCGAAGCUGCCAGAUCCCUUUUGUACAAAAUCAGUUGGGUCGCAAAAGAAACUCGUCCUGAAGCUAGCGGCAUGUGCUCUAUCCUAGCCUCCCGGUUACACGAAGGCACAGUCGAAGACAUUCACACCAUGAACAAAAUGGUUUCUCACCUGCGCAAUACAGCGUCCAGACCUUUGAUCUUAUGGAAGUUCGAUAUCGAAAAUAUGGCGUUCAUAGUCGGGUCAGACGCAGGUGGUGUGGGAUCACUGCCUCAAUCGUGCGAAGGCGAUGGUUCACCAUCUGAUGGAACGCAGGGCGCGUGGCUAGUCUUAGCUGCCGAGCGGCUGAUAUUUCCAAAGGAGCUGGAGCUCUACUACAUCUACUGGGUUCCAUUGCAUGCGCAGGAUUCAACGGGUGAACGUGUUUGGCUCAAGGCCAACCGACAGCGGUGCAAGCAGAUAGAGGAAAAGUGCCGACCUUUUCGAUGCAUUAGUGUGCACAUCAGCUACAGCCGGUCCAUGGGAAAAUCGCGGGCCAUCCCAAUGCCCGGGCAUGCCCAGGCAACAUGGGUUCGGGCCUCGUUCCGUGCCGCUUCGCGGGGGAAAGAGGAAGACUCCAACAUGUCAAGCCUCUAUUUUUCUCGACGGCUUCCCUGGGCUCCUCGUGCUCCUUUCGUUUCAGAACACCCCGCGCUCCUCAACGCGGCCCUCUAG